UUGGAUUUCAGAUCACGAACACCAGCCGCUGAAUUCCGCUACGGUGAGCAAACACGAUCCACCACGCAGUCGACAGUUUCACCGCGCUCGAAAACUCCUGCCCCAACGCAGCGCCAAGAAUCCGAUCCGAGCAUCCCGACGUCUCGAGCUCAAACGCUACAAAGGCAACCUAAUGUGACUCAAUCUUUGGAUGCUUGGGACGGAGCAGCUGCGGUAGGUUCCCGAAUGCGGCCCUCAUCAACAACCAUCGGCUUCGCCACGCCCAAUUAUAUGCCGAUCAGUGCAUUUCAGUUCAACAAGCCCAGUGAUUUGAUCACGGUGAACCUGAUUCGAAAACCGAAUGGAUUCGGAUUCCGCCUGCUUGGUGGCAGCGAGACGAACACGCUGUUGACUGUUGGUCAGGUGGUGCCAGGAGGUGCAGCAGCUGAUGAUGGCCGAAUGCAAGAGGGCGACGAGAUCAUCGAGAUAGACGGACGCAACGUCGAAGGUGUCAGUCAUGUGGAAGCUGUUUCACUUCUGGAGCACGCCGCUCAUAGCAGACAUGUGAAGCUCGUUGUUCGGCGACCACGA